AUGAAUCGUGGGUUAUUUAGAAGGUUUUGCGAGGUUCUUACUGUCCAAGGAGGGUUGAAGAAAACUAGGAACGUAGACAUUGAUGAAAUGGUUUAUACCUUUCUACGCUCCAUUUCACAUAAUGAGAAAAAUAGGACCUUGCAAGUUAAUUUGAGACGGUCAGGGGAGACUAUAUCGAGGUCAAUUCAUCGUGUGUUGAAAGCUGUCAUUAGACUGAACAAUCAAUUCAUGAAGAAGCCGGUUCCCAUUCCUACAAAUGAGACCAGCAGUCGAUGGAAACAUUUCAAGAGGUGCCUAGGUGCCCUAGAUGGAACCCAUAUCGAUGUUCGUCCUUUGACGGAGGACAAACCUAGAUAUCGAGAUCGGAAGGGCCACCUAACCAUGAAUGUCCUAGGUGUCUGCAUUCCCAACCUGGAAUUUGUAUAUUGUCUUGCUGGUUGGGAGGGCAGUGCUCACGACAGUAGGGUACUACGAGAUGCCCUCACUAGACCGAAUGGACUGAAUGUUCCCCAAGGUAAUUACUAUCUUUGUGAUGUUGGGUAUGCCAACUGCCCUGGAUUUUUGGCACCAUAUAGGGGUCAAAGAUACCAUCUCAAAGAAUGGGGUACUAGGCAGCCUGAAACAGCCGAGGAAUAUUACAAUAUGAAACAUGCUGCUGCUAGGAAUGUAAUUGAGCGAAUUUUUGGAAUUUUGAAGAUGAGAUUCGCGAUUUUGAGGAAAGCUACUUGGUUCACUCCUAAAGAGGUUUACCGGAUAGUGAUAGCUUGUUGUAUAAUACACAACUUUAUCAAGGAAGAAUGUGGGGUAGACGAGAUUGAGAGAACCUAUCCAGAUAUUGAGCCCGAACAACAUCCUUCAGCAGACUUGGAGACCAUUGAGGGAACCAGCAUGCAACCAUGCGCGACAUGGACCCAAUUUCGCAAUAACAAGGCGACUUUUAUGUGGGACAACAGAUGGAGAUCUUAG